AUGGUGCUUUUGUCUACCCUUGAGAUUCCACCUGCAGCUCCUGCUGCUUGUAUGACAACAUCGUCAAGGACCGAAUCCCCACCAAUAAUAUUACCAACCUUCGACCCCAAACCUGCCCCUCAAGUUCAUUAUGACUUAGAGGCCGGUCCUGAAGCUGACCUUUUGUCACCUGGCCGCCGUUUGUCUCCACGUCCAACUUUCCUCGACGGCUGCUUUAGUCCCAAAGAUGGCCAAUCCACCUUGAAGCGCCAGGGCUCUAGCGACGUUGUUCGCUAUUUUGUAGGCUCUUUGUCUUCCUUUUUCUGGGUCAAAUGGACGCAGGUCUAA